AUGCCCAAGAAACACCGUGUGAAACGACAAAACUAUGUCGCCCACCUGCGGAACCUCGAGAAGGAGCGGGAGACCUACCUGCAGAAGCGCCGCACGCACAAGCGCAGCCGCGAGACGGGAAAUGAGGAGGUAGUGGGUGAGGCACGCGACAGGAUGGAGUCUGGUGCACCGAAGAAGCGUCGAACCGAGGCUGGCCCCUCCACAGCGGCAAGCGCGAGGAACGAAGAGGGAGCAGCGCCACACACGCACUUGACGCCGACAACGGCAGCAACAGCAACAAGCGCUGCUGCCGCUGAGACAGUUUCAGCAAAGCGGUAUUCCUUUUCCACGAAAUCAUUCGCAGAAUUGGUGAAAGCGUCCGCAGCGACUGCGCCGACGACCGAUGCAGCUCCGCGCGACACGUCAGCAAUUAUCACAACCGCGAAGAAGACGCUCAAACGCCGCACCUACUGA